UAGGAGAGACUUUAGUAAGUAAGUCAAUUGUUUCCUUUCAGUACCCGCAGCAACUGAUCCUAUUUUCGUGGCCUGAGCCGUUGGAGCUGGUGUUUUGGCCACAACGCCCACUGCAAGCCACAUGUUCUAACCCAAUUUUUCCGCCGUGGAAUGCUCAGUUACUCUUCAUUUUCCAGCCACUUGUAUCGCCCAUUUGGGCGCAAUGAGGAGUCGUCAACUCCGCGCUCCAUGUACGUGACUUGACAGUUAUUUCAAUUUAAUAACUUCAUAUACAUGUAAAUGGGGCUGCAGAUGCAUGCCGAUAGAUUGAAUUUGCGGCGCCAACGCGAAGUUUGCAUACGCUGCCGCCGAGCGAAACUUUUGCGAUAAAAGUAAUCAAGGUGCUUCAAAGUUCGCGCCCAAGACGAAGACACUCACCUGGCCGCGACGACCGCGCCCAGGUGUCGCAGGGCAGCCGAUCACAAGUCAUCAACUUCAGAGGGAAUCGCGUGCCGCCUGGGUCCCAGUAAUUCGCCCAUCCCGCACGUCCAUAUGGCAACACUUUGCCUUUGACUGGGCCCAAGCCUGUGUAAAUCCUGCCGAGUGGCUGGUGGCGAUGACACCCACGUCUCCGUCGCCAUCCGGCGGAUUGCAAUUGGAGCGCCCCGCCAGUGGAUUUAUGAUAAGCGGCACGCAAGCCGGAAGGCCGAGGCUCAACUCGAAGUCGGCGAUGGCAGCGUGAGGUGUUUGCGGGAUAUCCCUUGAUAGUUAAAGGGAAAGUAUACAAAACUAUGCCAUCCCUAGUCCGGCUGGAGAGCGGACCUAAACCAACAAAGCUUCAAUGAACUUUUGACGACGUGUGGAUUCCCCUUCCCUACCCCUUUGCCGGGUAUUCACAGGAGGCCUUGUCGAUGCAGGACUCGUGUCGGCAUGUCGGCAUGUCGGUCCUGUCAGUGUGCAGAUAGCAGCGCUCGGUGUUUGUUUUCCCGCUGCCGGCUGGCAGCGCUCCGAGCUCUGAGAAAGGAAGCCCAUUGGUUGCAGGAACACUAUGACCUCCUGGACCACCAUGAAAACGCGGUACGAAUCGGCCGGCAAAAUUAUGGCAUAACCGCCUCGGUGCGCACCACCAACCGGAUGAACGCCCUGCUCUCGGAGUCGAUGCUGAGCAGGAGGCGAGCGGCCCAAAAUCCGGAAGGGGAAGGAAGCGGUGGAGAGGGCGGGGAGCCACGGAAGGAGAAGCCCAAAAACGACUGGAAGUUCUUUCACACCAACUUUAAUAUGGAACGUGCCCAGAAGAUCAUCGAAGAUUGCAUUGAGGAGCGGCUGCUGUGGGACCGCUUCAGCCGCAAUUACGACUCUUGGCGGGCUCUGCAGCUGGCCGAAGGGCUGGCGGCCGAGAUUCGCGACCGGGUCAAGAAGCUGAACCACAGGCGCCAUCGCAUCGUCUGUCUGCUGUCCAUUGUGGAGAAGCAGAACCAGGGCGUCUACCAGCGCAUGUGCCACCUGAUGGACGAGAAGCGGGAUAACUUCACCCAGUUGGUCUUCGAGCGGCCCACAUACUUCAUGAUCGUAGUACUAUAUCUGGUCUACAAGGACUAGUCGCAAAACAAAUGGGAGCUUCAUUGUCUCCUGUUGCUUGUUAAUUACGCUUAGGAUAAGCAAGGUGUUGACCUAAAAUAUUUGGUCAUGAUUAUGUAUUUGGAAUGAUUAAAAAAAAGAAUUGGACAGAAUUCUGUCCACACCUGCAGGCCCCGGCGAGAUUCGAACUCACGAUCUCCUGUUUACUAGACAGGCGCUUUAACCAACUAAGCCACGGCGCCGCUGUAAGAACGGUCGUUGAACUUCUCAAUAUAA